UUGGUCACGUUAAUUCCGCACGUUUCGUUGAGGAUUUCCGCGCAUUGAGACACCGGCCUUAUGUAUGAAUUCGAAAAAGAUAUUUAUGUAUAUACAUGUGUACAAUUUGUCGUCGCGUUAUACUUACAUACAUAUUUUUGAUAAAAUCUUUCCGGCGGAACGCAUUUGUCUGGAAUCUCAUUUUAAGGUCAAUGUUAGUGAUGUUGUGGCUUGCCAGUUGGCUGCCUGUAACCAUUGAGCAAUGAGAACGUAUACAAUUUUAUUGAAUCUUUUAGGAUGCAGAAUUUUUACAAAAUUAUAUAGAAAUAGGUUGAAUAACUUAUCACAGCGAAUUAUCGGAGCUAGAUUAUCUACCGAAAAAAAUGCGGAAUCUGUCAAGAAUAUUAAUCUUGCGCCGGAGCCAAGAAAAAUUCAUGCUGCAGUACUGAAGGAAUUCUCCAUCCCUCUUGUUAUAGAAAAUUUGAAACCACCAAAAAAAGUGCAACACAGUGAGGUCCUUAUUGAUGUUUAUUACUGUGCCUUGAAUGCUUCUGAUAUACUUCUUAGUAAAAAUUUAUAUAUAUUUGAACCUAAAUUGCCAACAGUUCUUGGUUAUGAGGUUGUUGGAAAGCUAAUUGAAGUAGGUACAGAAGCAGAAAAAAAAGGCUUUACUGUUGGUGACAAAGUAAUUGCUCUUAAUAAAGACCGAUUUGGAGGUUUGGCUGAGAGAUGCCUAGCUGAAGUUGGGGUAGAAUAUGAUAUAUGGAAAAUAUCUUCCGAAUUGAAAUUUAUAGAUGCUGUGAGUAUUUUAGACAAUUAUAUCACUGCUCUGGUUGCAUUAGAGACAAAAGUCAAUCUUGAUGAGAAUGACUUGAUCUUAAUAAAUGUUGGCAUAAGUGGUAUUGGUCUAGCAGCUGUGGAUUUAGCUACAAACGUCUUUAGAGCUAAGGUCAUUGGAGUCUGUGCUACAGAAGAUGGAGCAAAUCUAGUCCGGGAGAAAGGAGCAUUCACAUCUCUCAAAUAUAAAAGUAAGAAGUUACUGAAACAAAUAGAAGAAAUCGCGGCUGAGCGAGACAUUAAAGCAAUCUUUGACGAUAUCGAUGGAGAAUACUUUAAAAAAAUGUUAGAUUGUUUCACCAAUGUCUACAAAGACGCAACGUUAAAGGAAUUGCUGCGCGACGAUAAUUUUGCGGUAGUAGUACAUCAUCUUUCUCGCGAAGGACGAGUGAUUAUAGCUGGCACAGCAACGACUAUAACCGACGCUCAUUCUGAGGUGCAGAAGAGUUCCUUCAGUGUCAGCGGCUUCAGUCUUACGGAGUAUAGGAAGAAAAUGCCUGACGUAUAUCGUCAAGCCGGAGACGAAAUUCUACAAUUUCUUGAGGAAGGACUUAUUACGCCAUCUUGCUCAUUGAUUGUUGGCUUACACAAAAUCAAUGACGCCUUUCAGUUCGUUUCUGAAAGUAAAUCUUCAGGUUGUUAUUGACAUUAGGAAUAAGGAAGCCAAUGUAAUAAAAGUGAAGAAUUAAAUAGAUUUGAAUAUUCUGUGAUCUUUAGGUACUAAUAUUUUUUAAAGAUAGCAAAAACAUUAUUGAAAGAAAUAUAAGUAAAUAUUGCGUUUAACGGAGCAACGAGAUACGACUGUGCCCUUGAUAUAUAUUGUCAAGGUCAAGAUCUUGAAUAACAUUCAAAAAGUUUUAGCCGUCGUUAAUUGUUUAUUAAAAAGUUAUCAAGAAAAGUUGUUUAGAAAUCUUAUGAAAGUUACUGAAAGCUGUUAUUAUAACAAUAUAUAUCAAGGCCAAGAUUUCCUCAAAGAUGAGAAGAAAAUAACAAAUAAUUUCAUAUAAUUAUAAUUUUAUCAUAAUCAUAACAUACUCGUACAUAUUUGGCUCUUGAAACAAACUUUUCGCUUUACUAAAAUAUGUAUGAUGAGCCUAUCUUAUGCUAAAAUUAAAACAUUGAAGAUUAGCAUAGACCCCUGUGCAAAAUAUAUCUACUAAAUAGAAACAAAUAAAUAUAAAAAUAUAAUAGAAUAAUUAUAAAUUCAGAUAAACAUUUUUAAAAUAAAUAAAUUAUAAGUUAUCGACAUACCUUGCGUAAGGUCUUUUGCUAAUCUUCACUAUUUUAAUUUUAAUAAUAAACCGAUUCACAACUUAAUAUAAGGUAAAAGGUUUCAGUUACACCAGCCAAAAUGUGUCCAAUCUGUAUAUAUAUUUUAUAUAUAAUAAUA